AUGAAGAUAUUAAAAAUUGUAACACUUGCUUCAAUUUUGACGGUUGUCCGUGGAACCAGAUACGCAUAUUUUGAUAAUAAUAUUAUUGAAUACGAAGAUAGACCGAUACAAACAAUUUCAUUACCUUAUCCUUAUCAAGAACCUAAAAUAAUCACAAUCGAAAAAGGGUCCCGGAAUUACGCUGCCUCAAAUUUAGAUGUACUCGUAUCAACUGCAACGGCCACAGCAGUGGCAGAAGAGUCACAACCAACUCCAUCGCCCAUAGAACCAAGUCCGUCACCCUUAGAACCAAGUCCAUUGCCCUUAGAACCAAGCCCAUUGCCCGUAGAACUAACUCCAUCGCCCAUAGAACCUAGCCCAUUGCCCGUAGAACCAACUCCAUCGCCCAUAGAGCCAACUCCAUCGGCCAUAGAAACAAGUCCAUCGCCCAUAGAAACAAGUCCAUCGCCCAUAGAGCCAAAUCCAUCACCCAUAGACCCAAGUCCAUCGCCCCUUGAACCAAGCCCAUUUCCCCUAGAACCAAGCCCAUUGCCCGUAGAACCAACUCCAUCACCCAUAGACCAAAGUCCAUCGCCCCUAGAACCAAGCCCAUUUCCCCUAGAACCAAGCCCAUUGCCCGUAGAACCAACUCCAUCGCCCGUAGACCAAAGUCCAUCGCCCCUAGAACCAAGCCCAUUUCCCCUAGAACCAAGCCCAUUGCCCGUAGAACCAACUCCAUCACCCGUAGACCCAAGUCCAUCGCCCCUAGAACCAAGCCCAUUUCCCCUAGAACCAAGCCCUUUGCCCGUAGAACCAACUCCAUCGCCUAUAGAGCCAACUCCAUCGCCCAUAGAAACAAGUCCAUCGCCCAUAGGAACCAUUUACCACAUGGUAACACAUAUCGACGUUGCAUCUAAUGUCACAGAAUUAAGUUCCUUUGAAACUCCAGGACGUCUAAAAAGAGCGACUAAAUUCCUGGAAACAGAAAUUAAAAGAUUGAAAUAUGUGUAA